AUGGCUACCAACUCCGCCGCAUGGCUCACCGAGGCCAAGGCCCACCCUUUCAAAGUCCAUGAAGCCCCAACCUACACCCCCGAGCACAACGAGAUCCUGGUCAAGAACCACGCCGUCGCUAUAAACCCUGUUGAUGGUUCCCUCCAGGCCAAGGCCUGGUGGCCCAUGAACUACCCCACCAUCCUCGGACAAGAUGUCGCUGGCGAGGUCGUCACCGUUGGCCCCAACGUCACUCGCUUCAAGGCCGGCGAUCGAGUCGUCGGCCACGCCGUUGGCAUGGCCACCAAGCGCAUCCAAGAUAACGCUUUCCAGGCUUACACCAUUCUGCAGACUAACAUGGCCAGCAAGCUUCCCGAUAAUAUCUCUUACAAGGACGCUGCGGUCCUUCCUCUCGGUCUUUCAACCGCGGCCUCUGGCCUCUUUCAGGACGACUUCCUGAAGUUGCAGCUCCCCACCGAGCCCCGUGGUCGUCCUGGUGAGGCUCUUCUUAUCUGGGGCGGUGCUGGUAGCGUUGGCAGCAACGCCAUUCAGCUCGGUGCUGUGACAGGAUACGAGGUCUUCACCACAUCUUCGCCCAAGAACUUUGACUACGUGAAAAGGCUUGGUGCUGCUCAGGUCUUCGACUACCAAAGCCCAACCGUUGUUGAGGAUCUUGUCACAGCCCUCAAGGGAAAGACUUUGGCUGGUGCUAUGGACUGUGUUGGUUUUGCCGGCACCGCUCUCACUGUUGGGGUUGUUGCGAAGACCGAUGGCCACAAGUUUGUGUCGACUGUCAAGGGUGGCUUCCAGGCUCCCGAGGGUAUCACUGUCAAGAGUGUUUUCGGAACUAGCAUCAAGGAUAACCAUGUUGGCAAGGCCAUUUAUGAGGACUUCUUGCCACUGGCGCUUGAGGCUGGAUUUUUCAUUCCUGCUCCGGCUCCCCUUGUUUCUGGAUCGGGCCUUGAGGAUAUUCAGGCUGCCGUCGAUUUGCAGGCUAAGGGCACGUCUGCCCAGAAGGUUGUUGUCACUUUGUGA